AUGACUUGUCUGUCCUAUCUGUCCUGUUUGUCCGGUCUAACCUGUCUGUCCUGUCUGUCAUGUCUGACCUGUCUGACCUGUCUGUCCUGUCUGUCCAGUCUGUCAUGUCUGUCCUGUCUGUCAUGUCUGUCCUGUCUGACCUGUCUGUCCUGUCUGUUAUGUCUGUCCUGUCUGUCCUGUCUCACCUGUCUGUCCUGUCUGUCCUGUCCGACCUGUCUGUCCUGUCUGUUCUGUCAAACCAGUCUGUCUUGUCUGGCCUGUCUGUUCUGUCUGUGCUGUCUGACCUGUCUGUCCUGUCUCACCUGUCUGUCCUGUCUGUCCUGUCUCACCUGUCUGUCCUGUUUGUCCUGUCUGUCUUAUCUGUCUUGUCUGUCCUGUCUGUCCUGUCUGUCCUGUCUGUCCUGUCUGUUCUGUCUGUCCUGUCUGACCUGUCUGUCCUGA